GUUGACGUGCUGCGCAGCUCCCAGAGCUGCUGCCACCGCAGGAGACGGUUGGGAGGACCGUUGUGGGGAGCACCACACGAGGCGAGAAGGGCGUCUGCUCCCUCCGCAGACCAGAACCGCGAGCACCAGAGUUGGCACUACUGUCACCCGGCAAGUUCAUAUUGAUAUUGGAGCUGAUGGCAGAGCAACGGGAGAAGCUGAUGUAAAGUUUGUGACACAUGAAGAUGUGGUAGCUGCCGGUUCUAAAGAGAAGAAUAACAUGCAACAUCGAUACAUGGAACUCCUUUUGAACUCCACUUCUAGAGGUGGCUCUGGAAUGGGAGGUUCUGCAAUGGGAGGCUACAGCAGAGACGGAAUGGAUUCCAAGAUGGCUGACAAGACUAAAUUUUGGGGUGUGGUGCCUACAAUACUGAAGAUGAGUAAAGACCCUACAAACUUCUAUAUUGGGCGAACACUAUGGUUUAGUGUUAUUUUUCUUUAUUUUUCAGUUGUGUAUGUAGUGCAGACCACCUGGACUGACGUGGUCAAACGCUUCCAGUGCCAUGGGGACAUCUCUGCCCUCUGUUUAGCACAGUGCUAUGAGGAUCACUUCAAUAGGCCUGUUCUAGGAGUUUGGAAUGUGGUUGGCAUUGUCUUUUCCUCCAUCUUCUUUGUGAUGGAGUUUUUUGUCUCUCAGAAAUUACAUAAGGAAACCAAGCGGCUGAAGAAAAAGCACAGUGAUAACAGCAGCAAUGCAGACCAAAGAAAGACAGAAGAUGAACUCUUCGACUUAUCCCACACAAAGUCCCUGUUAGUGAUGUAUCUUGUCUACUUUCUUGCACAGGGGUCUAUACAGGCGGUCUUCUUGGUGAUCCUUAUUUACUAUCACCUACCACUGGUUCAGAAUCCUAUUUGGUGCAAUGCUGUCACAUGUGGCGGACUUCACCGUUGCACAGUGAAGGGGACACAGGAAAUGAGGAUGUCCAUCAUACUUCUGGCCACACUUUCAGUGGUUAUCAUGACUUUCUGCAUUAUGUUCUUCCUGUACACCAUUAACAAGUACUUAGCCAUGGUACGUCACUCCAAAAAUAACUCUGAUGGUCAUCCUUGAUUACAAAAUAUGGAAGGCAUGCAAAAGAGGCCAGUCCUAGUCUUAUAUUGAACCAAUACAUAUUUUAUUCUUAUCUCAUGUUCCCAGAAUAUUCUCAUCUUAGAAAAAUAAAACAUGGAAGUGUGACAAGUUAGCUUUCUUCUUAUAUGCAUAACCACAUUUUUUCCUAUAGAAGAAACUGGGAUAGCUUCUAAAAUAUUAUAGGGCCCCCCUGGUAGUUAAGACACAACCUAUGAAGCUAUCCGCAGCCACUGCAGCAAAAGUUCAAUCCCUGGCCAGGAUGCUGCCCAAAUGGUGCAGCAGACCUCUCCUGGCUGGCCCACUGCUCCCCUCAGCAGUGUGUUUCAGUCAAUCUACCUGUGCUGCUCCCCACUCUGGUGAAUCCUCUCACUCACCCCGCACCUCUGGCUUGUACCCCAGUUCUUGUAUGCAUAAAUAAAUAAAUAUU